AUGUUCCCUACUUACCCAACCUCUAUUGGCACCCGCUCCAUCACGGACGACUCUUCUUCUAUUCACACCCCGGAACCUGUGACACCCCAUGAUGAGCCGGCGGCCAUUUUCUCCAGCUCUCCUUCCUCCCUCGAGGUUCAGCUACCUGUCCAAGGAUCCUACAGUGACCUCAGUCGGCUGCGUGGAUAUGACGACAAGUUGACCACGCCGCACUACGACCCAACUCAUAAUCCUCCCAGGUCUCUGAUACUCCAGGUCGAUUCCCCAACACGCGUCACGAAGAAGUCAGCAGUCUCCAGACAACGGGUCGUCAAAGACGUCAGGAAGGUGAACCAAGUCAGAGGGACUGGAGCUUGCCUGAAAUGUCGAAUCCAGAAGGUACCAUGCUCGACUACGGAUCCGUGUGCCACAUGCACGACCUUCAGCAACAAGGAGCACUCUUCCGAGGUCUGUUGUAUACGUGGAGAUCUGAGCACCGUUGCCAAGGAGUGUUCCUCUAGGAGGUAUCGUGCUGUCAAUGAUACACUAAGACAAGCACGGCCUGAGUUCCGAGGGCCAAUCUUCCACGGACAAAUCAUGUUUGAGAGGGACAACACCAAAGCUUCGAUCCAAGCAACCUUGAGGAAUUACUAUUGCACGGCUCCCAACCACGGCGGUUGCACCUUUUCGAGAGACCAUCACAAUCCCGCGCUAUUGCAGGAAGAGCUGGUCAAGUGGGCCGAACGCCAGGUCUCACCAGAAGAUCACAGGACAUUCGAAGGUGGCAUCGAAUCAUUCAUCAAGCUCUACUCAAAGCCUUCCCAAUGUAACCACUACAGCGUUGUUAGUCAUCGUCCCCAGAUACAACUUUUGCAAAAGGUACAUACCUUUAAGUCAAUGUACAAAGUCUAUCGGAUACCGACCUUCUACUUCGCUCCAUCAGAUAAUGGUUCAAUCACCGAGCUGUCAUUCUCAGCACAAGCCCAGAUCCGAGGUGUCGCCAAGUCUGCUCUGGAAGCAUCUGAACGAGAUGUUCUCGCCGAAUUAGACAAGCAUCUUAAGAAUAAAAUGGAGACGGACGAAAGACCAGCUGUUUGGGCCGCGUUGUGGCAAAUGAUGCUCAUCUACCGGGACUUGCUUAAGAAUAUACGUUCGUGGCAUACCACCAACAACGCCGAGUCUCUUCUUAAUGCCGUGGCGGUCUUCUACGGAAGUUCUUUCCGCACUUCAGCGGCGCUGAGAAUGUCUUUGGAUAAGACUGAGUACGGAGAGAUUGCGAAUUCAUUUGGAAACGCUCUGAACCUUCGAGAUACUUUCUAUCGGCAGAUUACUGAAGGUGUGAACGUCAUUGACCAGCGUCUCAAGGUCUUGGUUGUAGAUCCAGAGAUGAAGGUUCUCAAACGAAGGCAGCCCAAGAAGACGAUUGGUGGUAAACGCUCCGCUGCUGGAGAACAAGAUGACGAAGACGACGUUAUGGGAGGUUGUUAA